AUCUUUCUUUUACCUAAGUCGAAACUGAAUUUAUUGUUUCAGGUAAUUAAAGUUAAUAAAUGGGAUGGUUCUGCUGUGAAAAAUGCGUUAGAUGAUGCAGUCAAAGAUAUUCUUAUAAAGAAGUAUAAUUACAUAGAGAACUUUGCUGUACUGGAUGGAAGAUUAGCCCUGUGUGGAGUUACUGUAAUAGUUGCAGUUGUUGCACUGCUGUCUGAUUAUUUGUAUCCAUUCCCAGCAUCUAAAUCUAUUUUAGUCUCUUGUGUAUGUUUGUAUUUCUUUCUGAUGUUUCUUUUGACAUUAUAUACAAUAUACAAAGAAAAGGGGAUAUUUGUUGUAGCUAUUCAAAGAGAUCCAGCAGGUUUC